AUGAAAAAGUACCAGCUUAUGGGCCGGCGCAAGGUCGCCAGUCCCAAGACAUCGCCAAAAUACCCGUUAUCGCAUUUGCAUUCCCUUCCCUAUGAAAUUCUCCUUGCCAUUUUCAGCCAGCUCCCACUUGAAACGCUUCUUGUUCUUUCGCUACUGUGCCAGAAGUUCCACCACAUCGUGUGCAAGAACUUCAUUUACCAGGAUGUUUUCUUCAAGCUGACGUCUCACUUUUUGAGGUUUGCCGCUGCUCAUUUGUCUCUGAGGGCCUCGUUGGCUAGACGCUUUGGUCUCAAUGAGCCGAGCUCCAUGAUCAACUACAUACGAACAGUGCACUUCAAAAACCCGCCUACCAACGAUAUGGAGGCCAGCCUGACGAAAAUCGCCGGCACCUACAGCGUGGAAAACGUCAGCAGAAGCACAUCCAAGUACGACGCCUGGGUGACCAGUUUCAAGUGUCUUUUGAACGAGGCCUAUGGACUCAAGGAAGUGACACUCAGUGAGAUUUCGCCUCAGUUUGAGUUUCCAGCGGAAUACAUGAUGGCGUCUACGCUGCUGUUGACAUCCAAAUUUACAUUUCGCCGCCAGGCACCUUCCCGUACAUUGGAGAAGCUCACCUUGACGGCUCAGUCUGGCUGGACCAUCCCCUUCAAGCUCGGCCAAAUGCUGAUUUUUGCCCACGUGUUCGGCCAGAUCAACGAGCUACAAUUGAACAAAUUCGUCAUCAACGAGGGCAAGCUUUUGAGCGAUUCGUGGGAGAAGAAGAUCUGGGUGGACUCGCUCGUCGCCAAUGCUUGUAUCUACAGUGACGCCAAAAAGACGGUGAAACGGCGCUGCAUCAACAUCUUGACCAACACCCGCCUGCUUCUGCUUUUGGACAUCCAAACCGGCGCAGACUUGUCCCUCAUUGAUUUUGUCAAGCCAAACGGACACCUCCAGCGGCUCGUCAUCGAUAUCAGCUCCAAGGUGUUCUUCACCAGCGAAAACGCAAACAAGACAUUUAAUUUCGCCAAGUUCAACAACUUCUUCAAGCUUGUGUGCUCUGGCCAGGGCGGCUACUGCGAUCUCAAGGAAAUCGUGCUUGUGAACUUUGACUUGUUUCAUGACUUCUCCCACCAGCACAAGAACCGCCCCUUGGAUGUGAUUGUUGAAGAUAGCGAGCUGGCCUCGCUUGAGGAGCCCGAGGAUGAUUGGGUCGAGCCGUCCAAAAACACAUUUGAGUAUUUUCUACGGUACUUGCUGCAGAUGCCUAAUCUUACUAUUGUGAUCAAGGAGCGGCCCAAGGUGAUGCACACAUGCGUAAAGUGUGGGUUCACGUUGGAGGAGGCCACCAAAAAGAUAUCAACAUUGGCUCCCCACGAAUGGGGCAUCAUCUUGGCUCCUGUUCUCUGCGAACCAAAGUGCUCUGUGAACAUCUACGAUCACGCCUGGACCGCCUUGUUUUCCAGAAAAGGGAGACACUAG